GCGAACACUGCGGUGGUGCUUUUGUUUUGAAAAGCAUGUUACCGGAAACACUUCUAAUAUUAACCGCUAACUAUGGAGCAGCUUGCAGAAAGAGCGUGGAGGCCACAUCAAGCCUGCGAAGAUUACUUGAGUGAGUUCAGGCACUGCAGAAGUUUCAGGAAUCAUUUUCACCAUUACUACACCUACGGCACCGCCCCGUCCUGCCAGCAGUGGAAAGAGGACUACCAUAACUGCAGAAAAUGGGAAAGUCACAAACUCGCAGAAGCUAAGGACGCAUUGCAGAAAAGUGAAAGGAGACGAUUGGAAGAGCAGAAAAACUUCACCCCAGUGUGGAAACUGAGGCAGGCGCCUCCUGGUGACUGGCACAGGCCUCUGGACUAGGACACCCAGCAAGACUCCUGAUCUGAAGAGCCAUCUGCUGCUGCUCUAUGAACCAAUGCAAUAUGAUGUAGUUCACUUCAUGGACAAUCCACUGAAACCGGCUGUUUCUAAACUGAUUCAUAAACUGUUAAAGAAUUAAUCUUUGGACUCAAAGGAGGGACUAAUUGAAAUGUAACUUCAUGUAGUACCCAUAAUUGAAAAACAUAUUUAAAUUGCAAGAGCUUUGCUGUGUGUUGUUUAAGAGUAAACUUUAAAGCUUUACUUGAAUUAAAAUGUGCAAAAUGAAA